AUGUAUCGAGAAAAAUCAAGAAGCUUUACCCCCGGAGGCGGAACCAGUGUUCCAGAGAGCGACGACCAUCAUAGAAAAUACUCAGGACUUGUGGUUACAAAGCCUGGCUUUAUUACAUCAUCCGACACUCGGGAGACUAGCCAUUAUACAUUUCCUUUGUCAACGGAUCAAAAAGACUCUACCAGAAAAAAUGUACGGGAUGAAAAUGAGCGACUAUUUAGGAAAACCUUACAGUUUCCUAUGUCAUCCCGAAGGGAGCAAAGUCGUAAAUGUCUGGAUUGUGCGGGACAUCAACACCGGGACGGAGUUAGCUCACUGGCCGAUAGCUACUCUGGGCCUAGAAGUAGACGGCGACGACAAAGACAUCGUAGAAGAAGACGAAGAUCGCCGUCUACCAGUGAAGAUGACCAGCCAAGGAGAAGGAGGAGGAGGACAGAUUCAACACCUGCUGCUUCGUAUUCGGCCCCUCUGAGUAGUCCGGAACUACUCGAGGACCACCCGAGAAGCCCGUCCCCUCCAAGAAGACCACCAACUCCUACCUGGUCACCCAGUCAUCCCCCGGGAGCAGCUGCUGGACAGUGGGAUUCCUCCGUAGAUUCGGAUUGGACCCCUCCCGUUAACAACGAUUGGGCUGGACAGGGGGCUUCUUCAUCCGUUGAUUCGGAUUGGCCCCCUCCCGUCAACGAUGACUGGGCACCUUCCCCGGAACUGGCUAGACCACCACCACCACCACCUUCCCCGGAGCUGGCUAGACCACCACUCCCGACCCCGGAGAUGUCACCAGGUGUGAGUACUACGGGGCCAAUUCCUAGAUGGGGGAUUCAAGUUGCAGCAGGCAGGCUGGAUUCCUGUUCAGUUUGCUUGGAGGAGGAUCGCAUGUCCAAUUACAUCUGCUGUCAGUGUCGCCGUCGACCGGCUUGUCUCGAGUGUUCAGCUGUGCUGGUACAGAUGAACCAAUGUUGCCCUCUGUGUAGACGCAGGCUUUCGAGAUAUGCAGCUCGCGGGCGAGGAUUGAGACCCCCUCCUCCAAGACAGCCAUCUCCACCCCGACCCGGAAGACCAGACUUUAUGGAGCCGUUGACCGGUAACCAACGACCUCCCCUCUCAGACCGAACAGAGUUCGCCGGCAGAGGUAGAGGCAGGCCUCUCAGGGAGUAA